CUCACAGCAUCAGUGAAUUUUAAGAGCCAUGGCUGAAGAAAAACAAAUUUUUUAUCCAUUGAAGAUUGUGAAAUGCUUGGUCAGUAGUUUUAUUGAUGGUGUAAUUGAUGACCUUAUAGAGAAGGAUGUUUUGAGUCCAAAUGAAGUGAAGAAUUUAGAAAAAGAAUUUACUACAAUUAUGGACCAGAGUGAAGGCCUGGUUAAUACAGUGGAUGACAUAAUUCAAGGAAGCAAAAUUAUUAUGAAAAAAAUGUUACUUUCCCCUCUACAAGCAAAUUCAGGAAAUGAAAGAGAAGACAAAGCUUUGGUUUCUUUCAAGAAGUCAGAAACAAUGGACCACAUUUUAUCAGUCCUUCAGACCAUAUGUAAUUCUCCAGGAUCCUUCCAAAAUUUCCGAAAGAAACUCAGCAGCACCAUCGUUCAAUUCUUUAAGAAGCUUGAUUCUAAUGCAAUACAGGCUACUGCACCCCCAAACCAGAUUAAGCUUUGCCGACCAGAUUUCUACCAUGGGCUGAAGGAAGCAAAGGAGGGAGAGAUUUAUCCAGUCAUGGAGAAGGGUAACCGUGCACGUCUAGCCCUCAUCAUAUGUAAUAUUAUGUUUGACUACCUUGAUGAACGACAUGGGGCUCACCUUGACAUUUGGGGAAUGUGGAAACUACUUGAAAACCUUGGUUAUAGUGUGGUUGUCAAAACAAACCUUACAGCUCAGGAAAUGGAGUCAGUGUUAAAGGAGUUUGCAGAUCGCCCAGAACAUUGGUCCUCCGACAGCACCUUCCUGGUGUUCAUGUCUCAUGGCAUGUUGAAUGGUAUCUGUGGUAGAACACAUACAAAGCAAGAACCAGACCUGCUAGCUACAGAUACUAUAUUCCAAAUUUUUAAUGAUGCCAGCUGCCCUAGUUUAAAAGGCAAACCCAAGGUCAUCAUUAUCCAAGCAUGCCGAGGGGAGAAACUUGGAAUCACAUAUGUGAUGGAUACAUCAGAGACUUCUGCAGACACACCCAAACAACCCUUACAAGACUGCACAAGGAGUAAUUCACUGAUACAGAAAUACAUGGAGAAAGAUUUCAUUUCAUUUUGUUCUACAACUCCACAUAAUGUUUCUUGGAGAGUUGACAUAAUGGGUUCUGUCUUCAUCAAUGAACUCAUUUACUGCUUCCAACAAUAUGCCUGGUGCUGUCACCUUGAGGAAGUUUUCCGCAAGGUCCAGAAAUCAUUUGAGAUUCCAAAGACCCUUGUUCAGAUGCCCACCAUUGAAAGGCUGUCCAUGUCAAGAUAUUUUUACCUCUUUCCAGGAAUAUAAAAGCAACAAUAGCAAUAAUUAACAGCAAUUCAGGUAAAUUAUUCCAAGGUGAUAAUAUGCUUUAUAGUCCUGAAGAAUUUAUUAUAUUCAGCAGAACAUUUACAAAUGCAGAAUGUUUUUCAAACCUGUGUUAUCAUUACCAUACUAUUAAAAUGGCCAUUUCCACCUCUAUUCUUUUGCUUUUCCUUUUCUCCUCAAUUACUGAAAUGUUCGGUUCAAGGAGAACCCAUUUCCAAAUCCUAUCUUAAAAUGCAUACCUUCCAAGCAGUAAAGUCUGGUAAUUUUAACUCCCAUUUGUAUUUUUUUUUCUGGUACCUAAAAACCCUUAUUGUUUACAAUAUGUUUUGUGGAAUUUGAUAAAAGUCUGCUAUGUUUUACUUUUAAAUUGUUUUAUCUGACUAUGCCUUAGAUUUCCUUGUAUAUUUCUAGCUUCUUUUGGUCAGUGAUAAUGCUUUCUUCCUCUUUUGUAAUCUUUGCAUUUCUUAUCACAGUGUUGGGCACAAGAUAGGUUUUUAGAUAAUAGGGAAUUCCGAUACUGGAUGAAAUAAACUAUGUAAUACAUAAAAUACCUGGAAUUUAACCUAUCAAGACACAAAUGCAAGAUUGACAUAAAUACAAAUA